AUGAGAGCACCAGCUGUUCCAGACGACUCUAUGAUCAAGCUCUCCGUAGCCGAUGCGAGAAAGACCUUUAAAACAGAGGUGUCUGUGUCCUCAGUACUGUGUCUGUCGUCAGUGAGAGAAUUACCAGUCCAGGUGAGGGAGCUGUAUGGUCAGGGCUUCGUCCUGGUGGCUGUCCAUCCCUUUGUCCACCCUUGUGGCCCCAGGCCUGCACGCAUCCAACGCCAGCUACACAGAGCUGUCCUCAUCAGAGAGACACACAGUUCAGAGAACGAGCUGAAGUGGGCGGGGCUUCGCCUGGAGACAGACGUGUGUGUGGCGGGUCAACAGGCCCCUGACCCAGAAGUCAUCCAGAACUAUGUGAAGAAGAUCCAGGACAUGGCGGAGCAAGGUAUGCUGUUUGUGGGCUUCCUGCAGCAGCCUGGCGGGGGACCCUGUUUCCUUGGGCACUUGGACCCUGAGGACCUGUCCUCCCUGCACUCCAGCCCCUCCCCCAUACACAGACACCCCACCAGUCCCUCAGAACCCAUGAUACUGGAUCCCAGCACUACAGACUCUGCAGAACCCCACCAGAACCUCCUAGAACCAGAACACAACCGAAACACAGAAGUGAAAACACCAGAACACAAGUCGGUUGAACUCAGAACAAUUGAGCAGAACCCUACAGAUACCAGUCUGGUGGAGCUGGACUUGAGCUCCACAGGACCGCUAGAUCUCACACAGGACUCUACUCCAAUAGAAUCAUCAAACAGAGAACACGACCACAGUCCAGGCAAAAUAGCCUCAAUAGAAGACCAACCAAACCGCUGUCCAGAUGAACCAGCAGACUCAUCAGAGAGACCCAGCCAAAGAGAUCCAGCUAGUGACCAACAGAACCACAACCACGCCCCAACAGAACUCCCUGGUGACCAGGAUCAACUACAGUCUGACAACACAAUAGAGACCACAUGUAUAGAGAGACAACAGAAUGAAAGCCAAGCAGACUUCCUCAGGAUUCUACUACCCAACUUCAGCCCAACAGAGUUAACACAUGGACUUGGUGGUCCAGACGCAGACAGACAGUGCCAGGGAGACAGACAGAGUCUAAGCCCUCAGACACAGAACCACAACCAGAGACUGGAAAUAGACCACGGCUCAGACAACCUGGUCCGGUCACCAGAACUAGACAACGGUGACCACGGGUCAGAGUCCGGGGCUGAGAGGGGGCUGUUUGCCCUAUACAACCACACGGGGGAGCUGUCCAGCUCUCUGAGGUUCUACUCCCUCAGGGUUCCGCUGCAGCUGCAGAGAGAGGCAGGGCUAGUGACUGAGGUUGACGCCCACUGGCUGGAUCACAUGACCCAGCAUUUCACCAGCGGAGCUCACCUCAUUGACGGCUUCUUUCACCUUGGAGACGACAAUGACAGCGGGGUCUCCUCUGUGGACAGUGUGUUCAUCUUUCAGAGCUCCUCAGAAGAAACCCCACCCACUUCAUACGACGCCAUUGUGGUGGAGCAGUGGACCAUUGUUGAUGUGAGGUGUAGUGGUAAGGACAGACUACAUUCCUUUGCUCCAGUCUCUGGCUCCCUAUGGAUGGAGACUGACGUGUGUGCUGCCUACUCCCAUCGUUAA